GCGAGCCCGUCCGCCAUUGUGGAAACGGGUCGGAGUCACAGUGUUUUAGCGAGACCCCCCCCUCCUCCCCCUUGAGGAAACACUUUUCCAGAGAGCGCGAGGGCGACCAAGCAGCAGGGAGAAAAACGGCAGAGCGGCGAGCCGUGCAGUUGAUAAGCGUGUCGGUCCGAGGAGGAAACUGAUACUUUUUUUUUUUGUCUUCUGGGGAAAAAAGGAGGAAGAAAAAAUCCCGUCGUAGUGAGACUGAAUAAGCCGAGUCGGAGUGUGAGGGGAAGAAGCAGCGGAGAGAGAGCAGAGCGCGAGGGACACGGACUGAGGACCGAGAGAGGAGAGCGAGCCCGCGGACCGUUAGGAACUCGUCAGCCGGACGAUGUCUGCCACCACUGUCGAUCAGAGACCCAAAGGACAAGGAAACAAAGUUCAGAACGGUUCAAUGCAUCAGAAGGAUGCUGUAAACGAUGAUGAUUUUGAGCCUUAUCUAAGCAGCCAGACAAAUCAGAGUAACAGCUACCCACCAAUGUCGGACCCCUACAUGCCUGGUUACUAUGCUCCAUCCAUUGGAUUCCCGUACUCAUUGGGUGAAGCAGCCUGGUCCACUGGGGGUGACCCCCCAAUACCAUACCUAACCACCUAUGGACAGAUGAGUAAUGGUGAGCACCAUUUCAUCGCAGACGGUGUGUUUGGCCAGCCAGGGGCGCUGGGCAACACCCCGCCCUUUCUCAGCCAACAUGGCUUCAACUUCUUCCCCGGCAAUGCGGACUUCUCCACCUGGGGUACAAGCGGCUCGCAAGGCCAGUCCACGCAGAGCUCUGCCUACAGCAGCAGCUACGGCUAUGCUCCCAGCUCCCUGGGGCGGGCCAUCGCUGACGGCCAGGCGGGCUUCGGCAGCGACACGACGCUUAGCAAAGUUCCGGGACUCAGCAGCCUUGAACAGGGCAUGGCCGGCCUCAAGCUCGGUUCUGACAUGGCGGCAGCAACAAAAACGGUGGGCUCGCCACUGGGGGGUGCGGCUGGCAUGAACAGCAUGGCUGCCAGCAGCAUGCCUCCUGUCAGCUCCUCUGCCCCCAAACCCACCUCAUGGGCUGCCAUUGCCCGGAAGCCUGCCAAGCCCCAGCCCAAGCUGAAACCCAAGGCCAACAUGAGUGUGGGUGUAACUGGUGCUGCUGUGCCCCCGCCCCCCAUCAAACACAACAUGAACAUUGGCACCUGGGAUGACAAGGGGUCUAUCGCGAAGCCACCCUUGGCACAGCACAUGCUUCCCCCCCAGCCUCUGGUGCAGCAGCAACUCUUGGCUCAAGCCCCGCCCCUGAUGCCAAGCCCCUUGCCUCCGCAGCCGCCGCACCAACAAAUGCAGCUGCAGUCUGCCCAGCCUCCUCCACAGCUCCCUCCAGGCCCUGCCCACCCUCAUCAGCAGCACCCUGCCCAGCCUGGUCCACCGCAGCCCCUCCCUCCUCCCCAGCAACAGCAACCUGUGCCCCCCCAAAACCGGUGGGUGGCGCCUCGUAACAGGGGUGCCAGCUUCAACCAGGGUGGUGGGGCAGAGAAUUUUGGCUUGGGGACGGGUGUUCCUGUGGGUGCCCCGCCCUCCUCGGCUGAGGUUCACCCUGUGCUGGAGAAGCUGAAGGCCAUCAACAACUACAACCCCAAAGACUUCGACUGGAGCCUGAAAAACGGUCGCGUGUUCAUCAUCAAGAGCUACUCGGAGGACGACAUCCACCGUUCCAUCAAGUACUCCAUCUGGUGCAGCACGGAGCACGGUAACAAGCGGCUGGACGCAGCCUACCGCUCGCUGGGCUCCAAGGGUCCCCUCUACCUGCUGUUCAGCGUCAACGGGAGUGGCCACUUCUGCGGUGUGGCCGAGAUGAAGUCGCCAGUGGACUACAACGCCUACGCAGGCGUGUGGUCGCAGGACAAGUGGAAGGGCAAGUUCGAGGUGAAGUGGGUCUUCGUGAAGGACGUGCCCAACAACCAACUCCGGCACAUCCGCCUGGAGAACAAUGACAACAAGCCGGUCACCAACUCCCGGGACACUCAAGAGGUGCCCCUAGAAAAGGCAAAGCAAGUGCUUAAAAUUAUCGCCACUUUCAAGCACACCACCUCAAUCUUUGAUGACUUUGCACAUUACGAGAAGCGCCAGGAAGAGGAGGAAGCCAUGCGUCGGGAGCGGAAUAGAAACAAACAGUAACCUUAUGGAGAUGUCCCUGCUAGAACUGCAACACUAAUUAUGUAGACCCUUAAACAAUUGCGUAACUUGGACGAAGAAGAGGUUCCGAGAAUGUUUUCUGCCGUAUAUGACAUCUCAGAACCCUUAACACGACAAUGAAGUCUUCUGUAUUUUUUUUUUUUUCUUUCUUUUUUGGGUGCAUCUGCCCGCGUACUCCUGUCUCACAAAGAAAAGUGAAAAUGAACACAGAACUGUAUCUUUAAGCACUUUCAGUCCUUCUCAAAGCUUCUACCAAUACCCCUUAACUUUCUCUGGACUUUUUUUUGUUAUUAACUGACUAACCAGUAUAGUUGGUUGUAAAGAUUUCACACAAGACUUGUUUGUAGCUUUUUUUUGAAUUCCUCCAAAUUUUGGAAUUUUCAGCUGAGAUGAAUUAAUUUAUAUAUAAAAUGAUAAAUAUAUAUAAAUUAAUAAGUUCAAACUUGAAUCUGUGUUAAGCUGCCAGAUUCUCAAAUGGAAGUCCUAUAAUUAGAAGACAGGAUAUGCGUCUGGCCUGGUCAAACUGAAGCAGGAAUAAUCAUGCGAUUUGUGGUAGACUGCCGUUUCACUUGUUUCAACAUCUGUUUUGUGUACCAAAAGAUGAUUAUAUGCAGCAUGGUGGGUGACACCAGUUAAUGCACACAUUUUGUUUUUACUGUAAUAAUAAUGUUAUACAAAAGUGCAUUUGUCUAAUUUGGAGAAAUUUGUUCAGUGCUAUCCAGUUAUCGAACCAUCCUGAACUAUGAAGUUAACGUACCUCAGUCUAAACCAGACUUCUUAAGACCUCUGUAACCGUAUUAUUUACGAUAGAACAUCCUGCCUCUGGGGGACUCACCCAAAGCAGAUAACUAUCAUGGAAGUGACAAUUUUCUCCUCUAGGUGAUUCACUAGCUAAAUAAACAUGAUACUUGUUUAGCGAUCUCACGUUUUGGGUUUUUACUUCCCGUUGAUUUAGUGCCGUUUUCGGCUGUGUGGUUUGUCGAUAAAUUCAUUUGCGUCCCUUGUCUGCAUGGAAACUGUUAAAGGGGAAAGAUUUUUGGGAACGUUUCGGUAGUGUGUCAUGCCUUCCGCCUGAUCGGUGCUCUUGAAGCAGCCGCACCUCUGCUCAUGCCACAGUGAUGCUCAUGUUCACUCGUUUGUCUGCUGGUGUAGACCACAAGAAUCUACGCGCUGAAUGUCUUGUUUAAAACAUCUGCUAGUAAUAUACCAUAAUUGAGUCCUGUGGCAUUUCUUGUUACCUAUAAACCACUUCACUGCCCCUGUAGGUUCUACUUUUUUUUUUUUUUUUUUUUUUUUGUGUGAAAGAGUAUGGGUAUGUACAAACACCAUCAACUCCAUAAAUUCUGAGAACACAUUCUAAUUCCAAACAGUUCAAUUUGCAGCGCACAGCAAUCUAGUUAUAGCAUGAAGGGACAGAGGAAGAGGUCUUGCUGACACCACUUAUGUUUUGGUUUCUUUUUUCUUUUGUUUUGUUACAAAUGAGGCCAUGUUUAUAUGGGUUACUGAAAAAUCAAUGCAUAUUGAUGUAAUGCUGAUGCAAUGCUCAUUAUAGUUUGAUGUGAUCAAGACUUAUCAAAAAUAAAAAUAAUGAAAAGAUUUUUGGAAACUUUCUGCA